AUGGAUCCUAGCUCACUGACAACCAUUGUGACGACAUCCUAUCAAAUCGGGACUAAAGUCAUCGAGAUAUUCUCAACAUGGAAAAAUGCUGACCGCGAGGUUGAACAACGUGUUAUCAUUUUCGAGCAUUGCUGGAAUCGUACUAAGCGACAGGUGGAUUUUGUGAUGCGUAUUAUCUCAACCAUAGACGACGAGCAACGCCAGAUUCUGGACAGUCUUUUAACCGAGCUCUCGCUAGCUCUUUCACUUGCCCUGAGCAGUCUCGAAACGGUGAUUCGAAAGGAUUCUCUGGAACGACCUAGCAUGCUCAGGUUGGCCUUGAGGGCCAGGAGACCCUCCUGGGUGUGGAAAAAGAAUACAAUCGACACCAUUAUUUCAGAUCUCGAGAAAUGGCAAGGCCGUUUUGAUCCUUCCUGGUUUCUUCUUAUGAAGAUCGCUGAACCUAUCAUUGAUAGGGCGCUAGCACAAGCAAGGAUUACAGAGAAUACUCAUAAUGGGCCUGCAACCGCCGCUCAAAAUCCCCUGGCACUUGCGGCUGGAAUUCGGAGUGUAAUUUCACCUAAUAUUGACCAGAUUCACCAGAACAACUCCAUCAUUCUGCCUGAGUCACCUAUGGAGUGGCUCGACAUCCCCUUCUCAACAGCAAGAGCAGGUCGACAAAAGCUAAGCCAUAACACUCGAUCAUCAUGGUACAUCAUUGAUACUAUUGAGAUUAGCCAGACCGCCCGGGGACGCAGUAUCCUACGGGACGUUCGUAUACUUGCCGCCAAGCUCUCUAAGGCUGAUCCAUUGGCGUUUGGCCUCCUUAACUGUAAAGGAGUUAUCGCAGUACAACUCCAGCAAGCUACCACUGUACCGUCCCCUCAGUUACGCUCAGCCACAGGUUUUUCUUCUACUAUCGCACCCGCGCCAUCGUCGAGCCAUGCAUUUUUGGUUGGAUUCGACGCAUUCCGUGCGACAAGCACUGGUACAAUAAUGGGUGGCGAUAUGAGUUGGGAUCGCAAUGUUUACCGUCACCCGUCACGUCAGGAUAGAGAUCCAACUGAGAGGUAUCGGAUGCAGCAUGAUAUCUAUAGCCUUGGUGUCUGUCUGCUUGAGAUAGGCUUAUGGGAAUCCUUUGUCGAAUAUACAGAUGAUGAAUCUACCGGCCCUCAGCCCAAAUUCGGGAAAUGCUAUCACAAUUUUCAAGCGUGGCUCAGGGAGCAGGGUACGCCAUCGUCAUUUGACGCUGUGGCUUAUAAACUCAAGGAAUAUUUUAUUGAGCAGGCAGGCGUAAGGCUAGUACAGCGCAUGGGCGAUAUGUAUGCGCAGGUGACGAUGUUGUGCUUGACGUGUCUGGAUGAUGAUAACGAGUAUUUUGAAGGGAUGGAAGAAGGGGGUGUUAGUGAUGAUCUUGUCGCGGUGCAGUUCAUUGAGAAAGUGAUGAAAUCUAUCAAUGAUAUCCGGAUAUGA